UCUGAGGGUGGGGGGCAGAGAGAAGGGUCUCCAACGGGCAGGGAGAGGUACAGGCUGCCAGAGCUAGCCCAGGACUGCCCCCUCCUGGCCCAGUCAGACCCCCUGGGCCUGAGAAACUCUGUCUCCCGUAGGGGGCGUUGGCCUCGCCCUUUCUCUGCUUCCAGCACCCGGGGCGGCUGCAGAUGGCAGCAUCUCUGGGGACGGCAGCUGCGACUGAGUCCACGGGCCGACGCUGAGCUGCUUAGGCCGAGGCUGUGCGCUCAGCCCGGAGCCCUCGGAACAGGCAUCUGCAGGGCAUCUGCAGGUGGGUGUGCGGGCACGGGGGUCGGGGUGGAGGAUUGAGUGGUGCUUGGGAGGCAGGGAGAGGGGCUCUGCAACCCUCACACUGUCCUGGAUGGGACUUUAGCUGGAAUGGGGGCUAGAAAAUUCCUUAUAGAUCAUCUGAUAGCCCCCGCCCCCACCCCAUCACUGUGCAGGGAACCCUGGAAGUUCAGAGAGGGUGAGGAGGGGCCCAAGGUCACACAGAAGGCCAGUGAAUGUUUUGUUUCAGCUAAGCCAGUCCUCUGAGAAGCCAGGAGAAGGUCUGGGGUCCUCAGUUGCCCCAGAAUGCCUGGGAUUUUGUUCACAGGGCUGGAGAGGUUGGGAGACCCUGAACACUGCUUCACAGGCCCACAGCAUUGCAGCUGAAAUGGCUUCUGAUCUGCCCAAGUCCCCCAUUCUCAUGUUUAAGCUCAGAGGAGGCUGGGGUCCUGGGUGGGGCCAGGGGAGGGGGCACGAAUCACUUGGCCUCAGUCAGUCUAGUUUGGAGCAGCCUUUCUGCUUGUAGGUCCCCUUCUCCACCUCCCCCUAAACCCAGGCCACACCAAGCAAUUCUGAACCCUCUCUUUGGCUCUACGGAAGGACAGAUGGUUAGGAGGACACUGCUCUAACCCUGACUUUGGGCCAUUAGCACACUCUUCAUUUUAUUUCUCCAUGAGGAGAAUAGGGCACCUUGAGACACUGUGUUUCAGAACAGCCAGUGGGGACCCUGGCGGGCAGGGGAGGGGCUCUGGGUGGACGCAGGACUGGGAAGCAGCAUCUCUCCCUCCCCUGGCCUCACAGCCCACCUCGUAGACCCACCUGGCAGUAGAGGGACAAGAGGAGCUGGAGCUUGGAGACAGAGGUCUGAAAAGCUGGAGCUUCUCUUCAGCCUGCCCUGGAGGUCAUUCCAUGCAUCCCCUUUCUUCCCUCCCUAGAAGACAAGGGUCUCCGUCUUCCCAGCCGUAAGGUGAAGCUCCGACCUCCUGGCUCUGUGAAGCCUGCGGGUCCCCCUCUGGGAGGGUGGGUGGGAUAAGCAGUCUCUCUGCUGGUUCUCACCGACCGCGUCUCAGCAGCCAAGGCCUCCGCGAUGCCGCACUUCCUGGACUGGUUCGUGCCUGUUUACCUGUUCAUCUCUGUCCUCAUUCUGGUGGGCUUCGGCGCCUGCAUCUACUACUUCGAGCCCGGUUUGCAGGAGGCGCACAAGUGGCGCAUGCAGCGUCCCCUGGUGGACCGUGACCUCCGCAAGACAAUGAUGGUUCGCGACAACCUGGCCUUCGGGGGCCCCGAGGUCUGAGUUGACCGGCUCUGUUGGCGGUGGGGGGCGGGCACCGGGUGCCCUCUCCCGUACCGCCCGGCCUGGAGACCCCGGGACAGACGGAGGAGAAUCCCUGGUCGUCCAGGCUCUCCCUCGCAGCCUGGCUCCUCCCAGGAGGAGGGGCUCUGGGAGGACCCUGGCUGUGGGGCACCUGGGUGCCUUGAGAUGUCGCUGCUGAUGGCCCAGGGCUUGCUCUCCAGGUCAAGCCAGCUUAUCCCACACCUGCCCUCCCCAGCUCCGGGGACGCCCCACGGCCCCCCAGUGCCUUUGUGCUGCCCAGCACUCCUGCCCCUCCACCCGGCGUCAGCAUGGCUGCCCCUGCCUGUCCUGAGCCUUCAGAUCUCCCACUUCCCUACCAGAUCCUCGGUGACACUCAGCUCCCCACUCCAGCCAAUGGUAUCGGCCCUACAGCUUCAUGGGCCAGGCUUCAAAGCUGACCCAAGGAAAGGGCCCCCUUUGGAGGGAUGUCAGCUGAGUCCAGCCCAGUCCUACCACUCUGGACCCGGGCUUGGCACGGACGAGUGUUUGUGGUGGGCUGUGCAAGGGGCAAGGCCAUAGAGGAAGGAGGGGUGUGUGUGUGUGUGUGUGUGUGUGUGUGUGUGUGAUAGAGAGAGAGAACGUUUGGGGUCACGCGUGCGGAGGGGAGGAGAAGCAUGUUUGUGUGAGGGGGGUGGCCCCCAGGCAGGAUGCGAGGUGGUGGGGAUGGGGUGAGCUUUGUGGGCAGUGUGGGGACCACCAGCAGUUCCCACCCCCCUCCCUCGGCUGGACUUGCCUAUCCCUUCCCUUUCCCAAGGCUGAGGCCACUGGCAGGAGCCCCUGCCCUCCCCUCCGGGUCCUGCACUGCACCAGGGGCCCCAAGCCCACCCUGGAGCCUCUCCUUCUCUGUGGAGCACCACUGCCUCCUUUUUGGACAUAGAUUGGCAACCUGCUCACUCCCCUCCUUUGGGGUGUCCAUCUUAAUUUAUCUCAAUAAUAAAGACUCCAUGACUAUC